UUCAUGCCGUCCAAUCGGCGCCCGGAGCCCGCAGGCUUGCAAUUCAAACUGCAGCGCGGCGAAUCCAGGGACCCUAGCUGGCCGGUCGCGCACCGGCGAUGGAGCAUCGCAUCGUGGGGCCCGGGCCGUACCGGGCCACCAAGCUGUGGAAUGAAACCGUGGAGCUUUUUCGUACCAGGAUGCCUUUACGGAAGCACCGUUGUCGCUUCAAGAGUUAUGAAUGUUGCUUCACAGCUGCUGAAGCUGUGGACUGGCUGCACGAGCUGUUGAGGAACAGUCAAAACUUUGGGCCCGAGGUGACUCGCAAACAAACAAUUCAGUUGCUGAAAAAAUUCCUGAAGAAUCACGUUAUUGAAGACAUCAAGGGAAAAUGGGGUCAGGAAGAUUUCGAAGACAACCGUCACUUAUACAGAUUUCCUCCUUCCUCACCCCUGAAACCAUACCCAAAGAAACCUCCAUAUCAGAAGGAUGUUAUUAAAUUUCCAGAAUGGAAUGAUCCCCCACCAGGCACUUCACAAGAGAACAUCCCAGUGAGGCCGAUUGUGAUGAAUUCUGAGAUGUGGUUCAAGCGUCACAGUAUUGCUAUUGGAGAGGUGCCAGCCUGCCGUCUUGUCCACCGCAGACAGCUGACGGAGGCCAAUGUGGAGGACAUCUGGAAGUCCAUGACUCUGUCGUAUUUACAGAAAAUCCUUGGCCUAGAUUCCUUAGAAGAAGUUUUAAAUGUCAAACUUGUCAACUCCAAAUUCAUCAUCCAUAAUGUAUAUAGCGUUAGCAAGCAGGGAGUUGUCAUCCUGGAUGACAAAUCAAAAGAGCUUCCUCAUUGGGUACUGUCAGCCAUGAAGUGUUUGGCAAAUUGGCCCAACUGUUCAGACUGGAAGCAGCCUAUGUACCUGGGAUUUGAAAAAGAUGUCUUUAAAACGAUAGCAGAUUACUAUGGCCAUCUGAAGGAGCCGUUACUUACAUUUCAUCUUUUUGAUGCUUUUGUCAGUGUGUUAGGUUUGUUACAGAAAGAGAAAAUGGCAAUUGAAGCAUUUCAGAUUUGUUGUCUCCUUCUGCCUCCUGAAAAUAGGAGAAAGUUACAGCUGUUGAUGAGGAUGAUGGCAAGGAUCUGCUUAAACGAAGAGAUGCCACCACUGUGUGAUGGCUUUGGCACCCGGACACUGAUGGUUCAGACAUUUUCCCGGUGCAUCUUGUGUUCUAAGGAUGAAGUAGACUUGGAUGAGUUACUAGCUGCUAGGUUGGUAACAUUUCUGAUGGACAAUUACCAGGAGAUUCUGAAAGUCCCUUUGGCCUUGCAGACCUCCAUAGAGGAACGUGUGGCUCAUCUGCGAAGAGUCCAGAUAAAAUACCCUGGAGCGGAUAUGGAUAUCACUUUGUCUGCUCCUUCAUUUUGCCGUCAAAUUAGUCCUGAGGAAUUUGAACAUCAGCGGGCGUAUGGUUCUCAGGAGCCCCUGGCAGCCCUAUUGGAAGAAGUCAUAGCAGACGCCAAACUGUCCAAAAAAGAGAAGAAGAAAAAGCUGAAACAGUUUCAGAAAUCUUAUCCUGAAGUCUACCAAGAGCGAUUUCCUACACCAGAAAGCGAAGCCCUUCUUUUUCCUGAAAAACCCAAACCCAAACCACAGCUGUUCAUGUGGGCACUGAGAAAGCCUUUCCAGCCAUUUCAAAGAACCAGAAGUUUUCGGAUGUGAUGCUCUGCUGUGAUGGAACUUAGAGACCUCAAUGCUGGUGAUGGCUUUGAAUCAGUGAGUGAUGACUACAAGAAGAAAAGCCAAUGAUACAAAUUACUGAAAUAUGGGCUUUCAGAGAAUAGUCAGAUUAGCUGACAGAACGUUGAGCCAUUGUCAGUAUUUUUUAUAAAACUCAGUGUUGUUUUUAAUGUACAAAUCAUUAAAAAAAUGUAAUUUAGUUGUAUAAUGUCAAUAGUAACAGGUUUGGAGUUGUUACUGAAAUCCAAGGAUAAAGUAUCACUGUUCUUUUAUUUUAUUUUAUUUUUUUGUGGUGUGUAAAAUAAUUGCGUGUACAUCCUUAUCACUGAUAUCUUUGCUAAACAAAGUCUAAAGGACAGUGUAUAUACUUGAAUAAGAACAACACUGGUGCUGUUACUGUGAGGUCAUUGACUUAACUGCCGAUUGUGAUUUUUCCUGUGUAUUUUCCAUUUUUGCUAUUGCACAAAAUUUCUUAAUGUCUUGUGAUAGUUUUUUAUUGCAGAUUUGUCGCAUGUUGUGACGGUUACUAAAGCUGGUUCUUGUAUUACAGUGUAUUGGUUGGCAUUUGCCUCUAAGUAGAGUAGAUGUUCAUCCACCUAUAAAGGCAUAAUUUAAGUCUUAGCUAAAGAUGAAAGUGAAUAAAUUCUUUGGGUUCCCUUGCACCUGUAAA